CUAGCCAGCGUCGAGCGAUGGGUAUCUCCCGGGACAACUGGCACAAGCGCCGCAAGACCGGGGGCAAGAGAAAGCCCUACCACAAGAAGCGGAAGUAUGAGCUGGGACGCCCGGCUGCCAACACUAAGAUCGGCCCCCGCCGCAUACACACAGUCCGCGUUAGAGGAGGCAACAAGAAAUACCGGGCCCUGAGGCUGGAUGUGGGGAACUUCUCCUGGGGUUCUGAGUGUUGUACCCGGAAAACAAGGAUCAUUGAUGUUGUCUACAAUGCAUCCAAUAAUGAGCUGGUCCGCACCAAGACCCUAGUGAAGAACUGCAUCGUGCUUGUUGACAGCACACCGUACCGGCAGUGGUACGAGUCCCACUAUGCACUGCCUCUGGGCCGCAAGAAGGGAGCCAAACUGACUCCUGAAGAGGAAGAGAUAUUAAACAAAAAGCGAUCAAAAAAAAUUCAGAAAAAAUAUGAUGAAAGAAAAAAGAAUGCAAAAAUCAGCAGUCUUUUGGAGGAGCAGUUCCAGCAGGGCAAGCUUCUUGCAUGUAUCGCUUCAAGACCAGGCCAGUGUGGCCGAGCAGAUGGCUAUGUUCUAGAGGGCAAGGAGUUGGAAUUCUACCUGAGGAAAAUCAAGGCCCGGAAAGGCAAAUAAAACCUCCUCCCUCACAUCCGGGGACAUGUAUUAAAGGUGUUUAUUCUAUU